AUGUCAGCCGAACAACAACAAGCGCCAAGAGUCAUGUGGCCGUAUGACAUAGAAGAUGAAGCCAAUUUUAGUGUAUUAAGUAUGUUCUCCGUCAUCAUGAGUCUUGUGUCCUUUUUCUACAAAUCUCGUUUAUUAGUUCUCGGCGCUUUACUGCUGUUUGUCUUUUCUGUCCCACACAAACAAAAAUCGGACCUUUCGAUCACGUCAUUGAUGAUGUCAGCUGCUCCUGCUAUAGGUGCAGUUGUGUUCUGCUAUUUCUUGCAGCCCGAGAAUUACUUCUAA